AUCGAUCAAACUGUCUAAUUGUACAAUGGCAGCCAAAACCAUCUUUGUUCUGUGCGCACACGCACUUUUACUCCAGUCCAUGUUUGGCCAACUAAACUACGCGGAAGCCAAUCCUGCAGCUUAUUCAUCGGGUGCCAGCAGUAAUGUAGUGACUGAGAGCACAGUUACGGUCAGCAGUAACACCGCUACUAGUGUGGGCAAAGCUGGGCCUGGUCUAGCUGGUGUUGGAUGGAACAACGCAGUACCACUCAGCACUGGAUUGAACAAUGCUGAAUUACUGGGCUCUGGACUGGCCGGCAUUGGAUUGAACAACGCUGGAUUACUCAACUCUGGUAUUGCUUUGGGAAACGCUCCCUUGAUUGGCAACACUGUAGCCCCAGUCAUUGGCCCCGAUUACCUUUCUCUAGCUUCGUUCUCUACCGGUGGCACCUUCCCGGUUACCAGCUUCUCUUCAAUCGUUCCAAAUGGAAUUACCAUUGUAUCUGAAAACACUAUUGAAGGACCUAUAGCAGUAUUUGGUCAACUGCCCUUCUUGAGCGCUGUGGCUUUCGAAGGAACGUUGCCAUCUGAAGGUGCAUCAACGGCUGCCUGCGGUUGUGGCAGCGCUGGUAAUAUUGGCAUCAUUAGUGAGAGCUAUACGCCUGCCACUGGACCUGCUGUCGUCGCUCCGGCUGCUACUGGACUUGGCGUGGGAGCUAGCCUCAUUCCAGGAGCUGGACUUCGUACAGAAACUGGACUCGGAUUAGGAGUCGGUCGCGGAUUAGGCUUAGGAGCUGGACGUAUUCUUCAAACAAUCUAUUAAAUAAGAAACAUAAAUAAAUAUUUAUUCAGUUACAAUUCUUUUUUAUAUUCAUGAACCUGUUUUGAUAUAUUAAUAAUUUGAAAUAAAACAAUGCCAAUCCGCCUGGUUUGCAUGGUAUUAUGUAGUAGACUUAGUAUAUUAUUAUGGAGAGAUUGGCUCUCUUGUGUUUUUGUUGCUAAACCUAUAAUGAAAUAUAAUACUUAUAUCUUUGCCAGCGGAAGGGGUGUCCUUCUCUAGAAAUCUGUCCGAUUCUAGAAUUAGAGCAUACGGGUAUUUGAUCCCAGCCUUUUUUUUUUUUUUUU